UCGGUCUAAUAUGUUUAAAUUAUCAGUAGUUAUGAUCAUUUUAAAUUAACAGAUCAAUUGGAAUAAAAAUUUUCAAAUAUAAUCAAAAUAUGGACAAGGAAACAUAUAAAAAAUAUAAACGAAGGAUUGCCGAAGCAGUAGCUGCAAUUGAUAAUAAACCUCCAAAGUUCAAAUUAGCUACUUAUUAUAAAACGACUAAUUUACAGUUAGAUGCAGUUAGAGUAAAAGAAAUAGACAAGGAAAAUAUGAAAUUACUGAGGAAGAUGAACAUAAUUACUCGAACAGGUGCAAAUGUUGAUUGUUGGGGAACAAAUAAGAUAGAAUACGCAUCAAAAUAUGAAAACCAAAAUUUAAUUAACAAGAAUAUCAUGAAAAAUAAUGAAAUUUUAUUAAAAAAUAUUCGCGAUGCCAGUACUCAUUAUCCUGUUGCGGAAUUAAUAAAAAGUUGGAAAAUUAUGCAAAUAAAAUCGUUGCACGGCAGAAGAAAUACACCAUUCCAUCGUAUCGUUUCCGGUUACUGGUGCCAAGGUGGGGAUAUUACAAAAUUUAACGGCAGCGGAGGAACAUCCAUUUAUGGAGAUUCAUUUGAAAAUGAGAAUUACAAUUUACGCCAUGCCGGGCUUGGAGUUUUGUCCAUGUGCAACGAUGAUAAUAAUAGAUGCGAUUCCAAAUUUAAUCUUACUUUUAGGCGUUUAGAAACAGUUGACAAUAAACACGUAGUCUUUGGAAAAGUUACUUCCGGUAUUUCAAAUAUUAGCAAGAUUGAAGAAUUUGGUACAAAAACAGGAAAACCAAUCAAAACAGUAAUUAUAUGUGAUUGCGGUGUUGUAUCAAAAAAAUAAGAACAUUUGUAAGAUUUAAUUGACCAAUCACUUAAAGUUUCAAUGAUAUAAUUUCACAAAG